UCAAAAUGGCGGCCGUUGGGAGCAGCAAUAUGGCUGAUGUCAAUAUGGCGGGCGUCAAAAUCGCCGACGUCAAAAUGGCUGCCGUUGGGAGGAGCAAUGUGGCUGACGUCAAUAUGGCAGACGUCAAAAUGGUUGACGUCAAAAUGGCUGCCGUUGGGGGGAGGAAUAUGGCGGACCUCAAUAUGGCUGACGUCAAAAUGGCUGACGUCAAAAUGGCUGCCAUUGGAGGCAGCAAUAUGGCGGAUGCCAAAAUGGCAGCCAUUGGGGGGAGCAAUAUGGCUGAUGUCAAUAUGGCUGCCAUUGGGGGGGGCAGUAUGGCGGAAGUCAAAAUGACGGCCGUUGGGAGCAAUAUGGCAGAUGUCAAUAUGGCUGCCGUUGGGGGGAGCAGUAUGGCUGACGUCAAUAUGGUGGACGUCAAAAUGGUGGACAUCAAAAUGGCGGCCGUUGGGGGGAGCAAUAUGGCUGACGUCAAUAUGGUGGAUGUCAAAAUGGCCGCCAUUGGGGGGAGCAAUAUGGCGGAUGUCAAAAUGGCGGCUGCUGGCAGGAGCAAUAUGGCAGACGUCAAAAUGGCGGCCGUUCUGGGGAGCAAUAUGGCCGACGUCAAUAUGGUGGACGUCAAAAUGGCCGCCACUGGAGGAAGCAAAAUGGCUGCCAUUGGAGGAAACAAUAUGGCCGACACCAAUAUGGCCGCCAUUGGAGGAAACAAUAUGGCUGCCAUUGGAGGAAACAAUAUGGCCGACACCAAUAUGGCCGGCGUUAGGAGAAACAAUAUGGCGGACUCUAAUAUGGCCGCCAUUGGAGAAAACAAUAUGGCUGCCAUUGGAGGAAACAAUAUGGCCGCCACCAACAUGGCCGCCAUGUUGGAAUCCAAAAUGGCUGAAACCAAUAUGGCCGCUACCAAUAUGGGCGCCAUGUUGGAAACCAAAAUGGCCGACACCAAUAUGGACGCCACCAAUAUGGCCGCCAUGUUGGAAACCAAAAUGGCCGACACCAAUAUGGCCGCCACCAAUAUGGCCGCCAGUUCCGACACGGCCGACUCCAAGAUGGCGGCGAAGCUCCGCCCCUUCCGCUGCGCGCUCUGUGGGCGGGGCUUCGCCUCGGGGGCGGGGCUGAGGCGGCACCAGCGACGUCACGGCCCCGCCCCCUCGGGCACGGCCUAAGCCCCGCCCCCUUUGCGGGGUGGGCGGGGUUUGUUGGGGAAAGGGGGCGGGGCUUCGUUUGGGGCGUGGUCGGUCAAUAAACGCUGAGUCAGCAA